UGACAGAACAGAGAUUGUUGCUAAGGGCGAAUUUGUGUUGUAUUUAUUUUGUUUUAUUUCGCUUAAAUAUUGAUAAAUGAAUAGAAUUCUGUAUUAAACAAUGUAUUAAAACGUAUUAUUAAUCAAUUAAUAUGUCUGAUCUCAAAGUAUGUCGCAUAUGCUUGUGUAAAGACGUAAAAAUCUAUAGUUACGAUCGUUUUCAUUUAAAGCAAUAUUAUGAAGAAGUUUUAGGUAAAAAAAUAAAUAAACAAGACAGUCUUCCAAACUGCUUUUGCUAUGAAUGUGCUGGCAUGUUGUACAAGUUUCAUAAGUUCAAAGAGAAAUGCUACAGAGGAGAGCAGGCUCUUAAUGAACUAUUGUGGAAUGGAUCUAUUACUCUAUCAUCAAUAUCCAAAAUAGACAGACAGAAGAAUAACUUAAAAUCUUCUGUACACAUACUUUCAACCAACAAAAGAGUAAGGACAUACAUUAUAAAGAGUAAAACACUAAAACAAAUAAAGAAAGAAAGAAAAAAUGUCCAAAUAGCAGAAUUAAAGAUAGACUAUGAUAGUGAUUCUUCUGUGGACAGCAAAAACUUAGCAGAAAUAAAAAACGAAAUGUUAUAUGAAAAAGAAGAAUGCAAAAUGACCGAAGAGAAGAUUAGUAAUGAUUUUGUAAUAACAGAUCUAGAAACUGAUCACAUUUUCGAUGACAAUGAAGAAAUAGAAGAAAUGAAACAAACAGAAGAAUUAAAUGACUUUAAAGACAUAAAAGAAGAAUCUGUAGACAAUAAUAUUGACCAAGAGAACAGUUAUAAUAUAGAAAUUGAAGAAGAGAAAAUAAACCAUAAAAGAAGGAAAGCAAGAAAGAAAGAUGUUGAAGGGAGAAGUAAGAAGUUUGAAGUUUUAGGUACAGAAGAUAAUAAAUUAGAUCCUAAUCAUUGGUUGAAGAUUAAUUUGACAGAAGAGGAGGCCUUAGAAGGUUUUACAGCGAGGGCAAAAGAUCGCAAGUACUUGUCUGCAGCGUAUCAAUGUAAUGAUUGUUAUAAGGGCUUCUCUAAAGAAGAUAUGCUGAAUAGACAUUUUAAAUUAAGACACUGUGAGUCUGUAGGUCCAAUAGUCUGCCGUUUCUGCCACAUGCGUUUCAAAUGGAAAUGUUACCUAACCAGGCAUAUAACACAGCAUUAUACUAAGUACAAAUGUCUGCGGUGUGAUCUCAUAUGUCCAUUGAAGAACACAGCUUUAUUUCACAAUGAAUAUCACAACGGUGUGGUCAGGAAAUGCAUGCACUGUGGAGAGGAAUUCAGACAUUUGUCAACGUACUACACGCACUUACGUACGCACCGCAGCGAGCACGUGUGUACUCUGUGCGGCGCGUCCUUCGUCAGCAACAACGGACUCAACAUGCACAAACGUACCAUGCAUGUUACUACUGUCGUUAGCCGAGAAGAGGAAGAAGUGAACACAUACUGUUCGCGGUGUGACAUCAGGUUUGAGACCCGGAAGGCGUAUGAGGAACAUUUAUACCACUCAGCCAAACACACCGAAGGAUUUGAGGAUCUUGCUUGUGAUGGUUCGGCUGUGUCAAUACCUAAAAGAAGGAAGAAAUUCUUUAGAAGGAAUCCGCGGAAAAUGACACCCUGUAACAUAUGUAACAAGAACUUCCCGAGUUUGACUGCGUACAUGAAGCACCACAGCGCGGAACACAAGGACGAGCCGCUACCGACCAAAGACGAAGAGAGACAUAUCUGUGAGAUCUGCGGCGCGUCGUUAGCGGCGAGUAGCGUGGCAAGUCAUCUAAACACACACACGCGGGAGAAACUGUACACUUGUGCUAUAUGUCACAUGCAGUUCAAUAGUAAAGGAAGCAUGAAUAGACAUCAGCUGACCCACACCGGUGAGAAACCGUACGAAUGUUCAAUGUGUCAGAAACGGUUCACGCAGAAGUGUAGUAUGCAACUACAUUACCGCACGUUCCAUUUGAAACAACCGUAUCCGAAGAGAAACAGAAGAAAAGUGCCAGGCAAUCAAUUAGAGAUAGAAGAUUACAGAAUAAUUAACGAUGAUUCGGAAGAGAAUCAUAAAGUUGAUCGAUGGCGAUGAUUGUCAAUUUAUAUUACCUACCUAUAUGCAAUAUUGUAAAAUGAAGUGUAAAUAAAAAUUGUUUCCGCCUAAA